AUGAAGCCCGAGAACAUCGACCCAGCUCGUACGAGACGUCUCGCAAAGACCUUCAAAGACAUCGUCGCGGGGCACCGUACUGUCUCAACUGCCACCGACGCUCGCCUCUACCUGGAAGCUGUGAGGGCUCAGCCGGACCCAUCGGCUUGCAUUGAGACCAUUGUGGCCAGCGAGCACGGCAUUCGUGGUAUAAGCACAAGCGUCCGAACCGAUCCCUCACCCGUGUUUCUGACCGCCCAUGUCGUCCCCUUCUUGGAAUACCUGGCACAUCCGGGCAUUAGAGCCAUCCACGAGGGCAGUCUUCUACGCCAAAUACUUUUGGCGAUUGUGAACCCCCCGAUUGCCUGGAACUAUCUCCUGACGCUAUGGCUUGAUGACACGCUUCAGUACGGAAACGCCGAGGUCUUUGCCUGGCUGUCUCUCGAAAUUGUCACCCUGCCUGGGCAGGAACUCGUCUCCAUUGUCGAAAGCUUGGUCGCCGCCGUGGAGAAACGUUCAUUCCUCCAUGACACCAACCCCAAAGUCCGCGAGCUUGGAUAUCGGAUCCAAAGGGCUCUCAAACUCAACUCUGCCGUCGAGUCAGGACCCAUCGGGGAGGCGCCGGGCGGCCGGCAUGACAACGACUGCAAAUUUCAGAGAUAUCUCCGUCUAUCCGACAAGCGACGACGAAAGAAGCUGCUCAACGACGACAAGAAGAUCCUAGGUCAUCAAAGCUUUGGUGCUCUGUGUAAUGAAAAGGAGAUCAUCGGCUUCGCCUUCACUGUACGUGACGUCGACCAACUUGCAGAGAAGGUACUUGGUCUACAGUUCGCUGGCAAAGACACGCUGUCGAAAGCUCUGUCAGCUUUCCGAAACCCUCAAAACCUUCGGUUCGUCCUUGUAAACACCCCUGUGUUUGCGUAUGAGCCGGUUCUUGAGAGACUCAAAACGAUCAGGGAUAUGCCUCUUGAAAAAUACCUGCUGGUACUUCCUGAUGAUGGCACUUCCAUGAACGACUCUUUCACUCCUAGCCCAGAAAUUGCAAAAUUGUUGACGACCCUUAACAAGUCGAGCGCAUCCAUUCAACUGAGUUUCCCGAAGGGACUCAAAAAAAUCCUACUAGACGAAUCACAGACGGCAUCGUUGAAAAACGCCUUGGAGAGCCCACUCUCCAUCAUUCAAGGACCUCCAGUAUCGCAGGAGAAGAUGAUCCGUCUCGGUGGGAAAUAUACUGCAGCGACUGAGCCGAUCCGAUUCGACUCCCUCUAUCGCAAUAGCAAGCAUUACUUGAGCAAUCAUUGCCGCGAUGAGAUCAGAGGGCUGCAAGAAGAGGCUAUGAGCCUUCAAGCAGAAAUCGAGCAAGCCUGCCGAAGCGUUGGACGCAAUGCUAUUUCUGCUGAUGACGUGCUCUCUUAUCUCGAAUUCUCGGAACAAUACCAACCACACUACGACGCAUUCCUCAUGAUGGAGUGUGAUGACGGCUUCGUCACGGCUAACCAUCAAGGCAAGGCCGUUUCUAGAGACUACCUCCUCCGACGGUGGAACACAGGGGCUCAAGCUCCAGAGCCGAGAUCGGCAGAAAAGAUCGAGAACCUUCAGACGCUCACCGACCAAUUCGACGAUAUUCAGAGACAAGUGGAUUAUCUCUUUGCCGAGGCAAAGCGCAAUUUCAUCAAGACGAAGCGCAUCGUAGGCUGUACGACAACUGCAGCUUCUAUGCACUCAUCUCUCAUUUCGGCGUUUGCCCCUGAUGUUGUCAUGGUCGAAGAGGCCGGAGAGAUUCUCGAGGCACAUAUCCUUGCGGCUCUCCAGCCUUGCGUUCAGCAACUCAUCCUGAUUGGGGAUCAUAAACAGCUGCGGCCCAAGGUUAACAACUACACUCUCAGUGUUGAGCACGGUGGCGGUUUUGAUCUCAACCGCUCUUUGUUCGAGCGACUCAUUCUACAGGGCCAUCGGCACACUACUCUCUGCAAACAGCAUCGCAUGCACCCUGACAUCUCGCAGCUUGUACGACAAAUGACGUAUCCAGAGCUGCUUGACGGAGACAAGAUGCGUGAGCAUCCUAUCAUCCGAGGUCUCUUGGGUCGAGUUAUGUUUAUCAAUCACGACAAGCCCGAGCUUGACGGAGCUGGUGCCUACUCUCAAACCGAUGUGGACUAUCGUGCAAGCAAACAAAAUCCGUUCGAAGCAAAGCUGGUUCUUAAGUUAGUCAAGUACCUGGGCCAACAGGGGUAUGGAAAUUCACACCUGGUUGUGCUCACUCCCUACCUCGGCCAGCUAUGCCUUCUUCGCGACGAACUGAGCAAGGAGAACGACCCAUUGCUGAACGAUAUGGACUCUGCUGAGCUCAUCAGAGCUGGUUUGAUGACGACCGCGGCGAGCUUGGUUGCGAAGACGAAAAUCAGGCUCUCUACCAUUGGAGAAGAAAGUGACAUCGUCAUCGCGUCACUAACGCGUAGCAACGCCAGAGGCGAUAUUGGGUUCAUGAAGGCACCCGAGCGCCUGAAUGUCUUGGUAUCUCGAGCACGGAAUAGCCUGAUCAUGAUUGGAAACUUGGACACAUUUAUAAAAUCUACCCAGGGUCAACGUGUGUGGGUGCCGUUUUUCAACAUUCUGCGCGAGAAGCAAUUUCUCCAAGAUGGUUUUUGGGUUCGCUGUGAGCAGCAUCCCUCUAGGAUUGUCAUGUUGGCUGGACCUGAGGACUUUGACCUCAAGUGUCCGGAUGGCGGGUGCUCCGAGCCGUGCGGAACAAAGCUGAAAUGCGGAUUGCACACGUGCCAACGGCGAUGUCACCGUCUGUUGGACCAUAAUAUCGAGGCUGAGCGUCGUAUGCUUCAAUUCGAAAAGACGUCGCAAGAACAAGAUAAAACGCUCGAGCAGCGACGCGCUGAUCUCCAGGCCCUGAAGCAGACGCGGGCUAGACAAGAGGCCAUUGUCGACACCGAACAGAAGAAUGAAGCCGCUUCUGUGGCAAAUUCAGCGUCAUCCAGCAAGCCUAAAGCUGGGUCUGAGAUCGAGAACACAGGCGCCCAAAAGGAAUGGGAGGAAAUGAAGCGGGUUGACCACGCGAGAUGUGAUGCUUUGGACACGUUGAUGAGCCUCAUAGGUCUCGAAGGGGUCAAACAGAACUUCCUGUCUAUCAAAAACAGGGUCGACACAUCAGUCAGACAACAGAUAUCUCUCAAGGUUGAGAGAUUCAGCUGCAGUCUGUUGGGGAACCCGGGAACUGUCAUUGCAGGCAGUGAAUUUGAAGAAACCACAGGCUCGAAGCUGGCUUCCAUGGGUGUGACUGGUUGCCAGACUCUGAUUGAAAAGGUUCUUGAAAACGGAGGGGGCGUCAUCUUCAUUGAUGAAGCGUAUCAGCUGUCUUCAGGCAACAGCCCAGGAGGUCGCGCUGUUCUCGACUUCCUCCUCGCCGAGGUCGAAAAUCUUACAGGAAUGAUUGUUUUUGUCCUUGCUGGCUACAACAAGCAGAUGGAGACGUUUUUUGCGCAUAAUCCUGGCUUCCCUAGUCGAUUCCCGCUGGAGAUGAAGUUCGAAGACUACGAUGACAAAGAACUCUUGAGAAUAUUGGAGCGUCAAAUCAGUAAGAAGUUUGGCGGACGAAUGACAGUCGAAGACGGCCUGCAAGGGCUGUUCUGCCGGAUCGUUGCCCGCCGUCUCGGGAUGGGCCGUGGUACGGAGGGGUUCGGCAAUGCUAGAGCUGUCGAAAACGCGUUCUCCAGGAUUUGCAUGCGACAAGCCGACCGUUUGCUGAGCGAGAGACGCAAGGGACUGCGACCAGAUGACCUCAAAUUGAGUAAGGAAGACCUCAUCGGGCCACAGCCGACCAAUGCGCUUCAGAACUCUAAAGCAUGGGGGAAAAUGCAAGGUCUGGUUGGCCUUUCUUCGGUCAAAGAGUCUGUACAAAUGCUUUUGGACACCAUCCAGGCGAACUAUCAACGUGAAAUGGUUGAAGAGCCUGUAAUACAGUUCUCGCUCAACCGCGUCUUCUUGGGCAGCCCAGGCACAGGGAAGACCACGGUGGCGAAGAUUUAUGGUCAAAUUCUAGUCGACCUGGGGCUGCUCUCUAGUGGAGAGGUUAUUGUCAAAAACCCCUCGGACUUCAUCGGUGCUGUCAUGGGCCAGUCAGAGCAGCAGACUCGAGGUAUCCUCGCAGCCACGGUUGGCAAAGUCCUCGUCAUCGACGAAGCAUACGGUCUCUACGGCGGAGGUGGUACGCAAGGUAGGGGAACUACAGACCCUUACAGGACUGCCGUCAUCGAUACCAUUGUAGCUGAGGUCCAGAGCACCCCUGGUGACGACAGAUGUGUCUUACUCCUCGGAUACAAGGAUCAACUGGAGGAAAUGUUCCAAAACGUCAACCCUGGCCUCAGCAGACGCUUCCCGCUGGCGUCUGCCUUUGUGUUUGAAGACUUUGACAAUGACGAUCUUCGAAAGAUCCUAGAUCUUAAGUUGAAGCAACAAGGGUUCAAGGCCACGGACCAAGCAAAAACUGUCGCCAUCGAGGUGCUGGACCGGGCCCGCAACCGACCCAAUUUUGGCAACGCUGGCGAGAUUGACAUACUACUUGACCAAGCCAAAGGGAGCCACCAGAAGCGAUUGUCUCUCGGCCAAACAGAGCACAGAGUGACUCUUGGAGCUGUUGACUUUGAUGCGGGCUUCGAGCGCAUGCAACGUAGUCAGACAAACAUCCCAAUGCUGUUUGAGGGCACUGUGGGCUGCGAGAAGAUUGUCGCAAUCCUACAAGGCUAUCAAGACAUCGUUCGUACGUCGAGACUUCUGGGCAUGGAUCCAAAAGGGCAAGUUCCAUUCAACUUCCUAUUUCGAGGGCCGCCAGGGACAGGCAAAACGUCGACGGCCAAAAAGAUGGGGAAGGUCUUCAUGGACAUGGGCCUUUUGGCUAGCGCAGAUGUCCUCGAUUGCUCUGCCACGGAUUUAAUCGGACAGUAUGUUGGGCAGACAGGGCCCAAAGUGCAGCAGCUCCUUGACAAAGCUCUGGGGCGCGUGCUUCUGAUUGACGAAGCCUACCGUCUGGCAGAUGGCCAAUUUGCAAAAGAAGCUCUCGACGAGUUGGUCGAUGCCGUCACCAAAGACAAGUAUGAAGGAAGGCUAGUAAUAAUUCUGGCCGGCUACGAGAACGAUAUCAACCGCUUGAUGAGCGUCAACCCUGGUAUGACAAGCCGCUUCCCUGAAACCAUUGACUUUUAUAGCCUCGACCCAGGCAGUUGCCUUGAGCUAUUGACGAGAACGCUUCAAAAGCAGAAGCAAAGGCUGAAGGGAACCAAGGGUGAUCUCAAUUUCGGCUGCUUAGAGCGACCGUCAAGGCGGUUUGAAGUGGAUGCCCUGCGCUUGUUUGACGGUCUGUCAAAACAAACAUCCUGGGCGAGCGCACGCGACAUCGAGACCCUUGCCAAGGCUGUUUUCAAUGUUGGCCUCCGGGGUCUCAAAGAAGGCGGCGGUCACUGUAUCCUAGUCUCAGAGGAUGUCGUUCUCGGCCAGCUGCAGAAGAUGCUGCACGAACGUCACAGCCGUGAAAAGCGAGUGUCCCAUCAACUCACCACAGGAUUAGCAGAUCUCUCUCUCCUUUCUCCACCAAUCGCGGAGCCGACGUUGAUGCACCAGCAUGAAGAAAGGACAACGGAGACAUCGCAACAGGGCGCCAAGGAGGACGACUUGACCCCUCCUUCGAGCCCAGGGCCCAACCUUCGCUUCCAGAAUGACAGCAUUCGCGAUGCUGGCGUGAGCAAUGAAGUUUGGGAGCAGCUGCAGAAGGAUGCUAAGGCGGAGGGCGAUCAGGAAGAGCACUACCAGUCGAUGCUCGAGGCGAAGAAAACUGCAGAUGAAGGAGAAUUGGACCGCAUCAUGGGUGAAUUGAUUGGAGCAGAGAAUCGCCGCCGGCAAGAGGCUGAAGCCAGAAGGAAAUUAGCGCUUAGUGGGCGUUGCCCUGUUGGCUACGCCUGGAUCAAGCAGGCCGGAGGCUACCGAUGUGCUGGGGGGUCGCAUUUUGUGCGUGAUUUGGAGAUGGCAUGA